UUAAUUGAUGUCGUUAAAACCAAUUUCUUUACGAUCGUGCUUUUGACUAUUUUUACCAAUGUAAUCCAAUAUUACAUUAAUUAUUUUAAUCGACCCUCAAAAAUUCCUGGUCCACUUCCUUUACCAAUUAUUGGAAAUCUUCAUCAAUUUGACGCAAAUUUUACAGUAUCAUUAAAAAGAUUCCAUGAAAAAUAUGGCGACUUUUACGAAUUUUAUAUGGGAAGCGCACAUAAUAUUGUUAUUAGUAGACCUGAUUUAGCGGAAAAAUUGUUUAGACCUGCGUCUCUUAAAAAUACGAAAUUUAUUUUGCGCACUUCAUAUAGUGAAGGUUUAAAUGAGCUUGACGUAGGUACAAAAGGAAUGGUAUUCAAUCGUAAUAUUGAAGAUUGGGUUCUCAAUAGAAGAUUUAUGAAUAUUAUUUCUAAACCUUCAUUUUUACGUGAAUCAAUCAAUUUAUCAAAUAAAGUUAUUGAUCAAGUGUUUGAAUAUUGGAAAAUCAUUGAAAAAGAAGGAAUGCAAAUUGACGUUUGUGAGUGGUUAAAUACUGUGGGUGCUGAUAUCGUUUCAACAACUGCAACUGGAAAAAGUAUGGCAGCUGCAACUAAAUUAUUUAAUUCAUUAAAUAUUGAGAAUAAAAAAUCUUUACAAGGAAUUUGGGAAAACGGC